GCUGUAGCUGUAGUGCAUACUGAUGUUCCGUGCUAGAAUGAGUUGAUGGGGAGAGUGGAAGGUGGAAUGUAAGUAGGAAAUACCUAGUAGGUAUGGAUGGGCUGUUUGCACCACCACAAAUUGUCUGGGGAAUGGGAACCCCUCGUGGGAGGAUGGUUGGAUCUUUAUUAUUUACUUUUUUGCUUGCUUUCUUUUUUUUUCUUGCCUUCCGAUAAUUGGGGUGUUGACAAGGAAAAAGAGACCGACCUCACCCACUCAAGCGGCGAACCGAAGAAGUACCACGACUGGGCAAGCAAGUAAAGUCGUAGGUCGUAGGUUGUAGUAGUAAGCUGUUGUGAACUCCGAU